AUGCGUUUAUCGAGAUAUGCAUGUUUACAUUCAUCGAGAUAUACACAUUUAGGUGCUUCAAGAUACACACAUUUACGUGGAUAUGCAUGUUUACGUUCAUCAAGAUAUGCAUGUUUCGGUUCAUCAAGAUAUACACAUUUACGUUCAUCGAGAUAUGCAUGUUUCGGUUCAUCAAGAUAUACAGAUUUAGGUUCAUCAAGAUAUGCAUGUUUCGGCAAUUCAUCAAGAUAUGCACAUUUACAUAAAUAUGCAUGUUUCGGUUCUUCAGGAUAUGCAUGUUUACGUUCAUUAAGAUACGCAUGUUUCGGUUCAUCAAGAUAUACACAUUUACGUUCAUUAAGAUAUGCAUUUUUCGGUUCAUCGAGAUAUGCACAUUUACGUUCUUCGAGGUAUGCAUGUUUACGUUAG